AUGCUUCGUUACAUGCUAUUUUUGUUUAUCGCUACAUCGCCGAUUGUCAUUCUUCCUCGCUCACUAACCGGUGUACAAGGAGUAAGUCCAUCUUUUAUUAACUCGAAAUUGAUGGAGUGGACGAAAUGUGCCUCAAGUGGUUUUUGAUUCAUCUCCUUCCAGUUUGCCUUGUAGCAUAUAUGGGAGCGAAUCGAAGGGAGAAUUUAACAUUAGAUCAGGAUUCGCAUAGUCCUUAAUUCCUAACCUCCCUUUGUUUUUCUUUACAAUUCUUACUCCCGCAUCGUAAGAGAUCUGAAAAGUCAGUAACAAGUAACGGAUUCAUUUUACUUUACAGAGUUCACUGCCAAACUACCAUGAAGAAAAGAACAUGUACCAGAGCUACUGGAAAGACACAAAAAUCAAGGAAGUUGAUGAAGAUGCUAAAAUAUCAGCAAAAGGUAUUACUGAAAAUAUACAUUAGCUAUAGCAUCGCCAUUAUUCAUACUCACUUACUUUUUCAAAUGUAGUCAAACAAUUCCAGGGGCGUAGCCGGCUUUUCGACUAGUUGCACGCUUGGCUGACUUUGAUUUCCACAUAUCCUGAAGACUGCACGCAUGACUAGUACGCACUGACCUCACCAACACUUUGAGCUCUUAAGCUUUGUAGCUCACCUCAACAACGCAUGAUUUAUUAAAAGCGGUAGAGUGAUCAAACCAAAAAUUUGUAGGCCCGGGCCAAGAGGUCUUUAUAAUGGGCUGCCUACGCCACUGACGUUUGGAGUUGAAUUUAGGUCCCUUUAGGUCCCUGUUAUGUUUUCGAAUGAGUAUGAUGGAACUAAGAAUGGAUUAUUAUACGUUUCUGGGUAACUGUCCACCUACCCCUCCCCUAUAAGCCAACAUUUCUGACAACCAGUUGCGCACUCAGACGGGUUAGUGGUCCCGCCCAUAGUUUCCAACAAUAGCCUCCCACUCAGAAAACCUAAACGCGUUCAACCCGCAGUGCAUGUGGUUGACCGAGGGAGUGAUGUCUGGUCAUAAGUGGACGUGUUUCAUUCUUGGGAAGCGAUUUUGCCCAAAUGUUUGGGCAAAUCGUCUCUAUACACGUAAACGCACUUAGCACUGAGACACAUUUGGUAGCUUCAUGGUAUAUUAACCCUUUAAACCCUAGGAUCAAAAUCUGAAUUCUCAUUUGUGGCCCCUAUUCAUUUCCUACAGAAGUAGAGGGGAGAGGUUGAUAAAAUAUCAUGCAAAUUCAUCUUGUGUAAUCAUGUCCGUAAUUCUCAUGACCACUCUGUUUUACAAAGCAUUGUUAUUACAAGGAGAAAUUCGAUGCUGAUCACUCUUAGGGCUUAAAGGGUUAAAAGACUGCGCCUCAAUCCCGGCUGACGUGCGCCGUCUAUGAACGCCGGUUUAAUUUCGGAAGCCAAUAAUGUUCUGUUCUAUUUUAGAGUGUUACCAUUACACGUUCCUUAACGAGUCCAGCAGAGCAAACUCCUUUUACAACAUCAGUAUUGACUUCCUUUGUGAUGAUGAUCUUAACGGAUGGUAUCGCUUUGGGGGAGAUGCUGGAAAGCAAAUGGCGGAUUCAUGUGUUCCCGAGUUUCGAUGUGGCGCAGAACUGCCGGGUUGGCUGAAUGGCAGUCAUCCUGAAAGAGCUGAGGGUGUUGUCCGACGCAAAGUUUGUUUCCGUUACAAAAACAAUUGUUGUGAAUACUCAACAAGCAUCACAGUCCGUAACUGUGGAGGAUUCUACGUCUACCACCUUGGGAAGCCCCCAAUUUGUAACUUUCGUUACUGCGGCAACGGAACACUCAAACCAAGUGAGAAUUUAAUUUUCCCGUAUAACCUGCUCUGUCAGUUAUUCUCAACCUCCUCUUCCCUCAGCCACCAACCCCUUCCCCCUUCGCAAUGUGACACCGGAACCUCGGAUCCUGCAUGGAAGAUUUGUUCCUCGGGCCUUCCUCGUCUCUUAUUAUGUCUCAAACACGAUAGUAUAUUUUCGCUUCUUCGUAUAUCAAACACGGGUCACAAUGUUUAUCGUACAUUACAGAGGAAAGCAUUAAAAAUAUCCGAAGCGUAGCCGAGUGCGACAGAUUUUUUUCCCGACCCCUCUUCAAAUACAACGAACUCGAAAAUCGUUCCAGAUACAAGACUCCGACUACCACUGAUGCCUCAUACUAUCAUUACAAACAGCCAGAUGGUGACUACCAUAACACUCAAACUACUCACUCUUAGUCUCGCAGUUGUGGGCCAAAUGCCCCCCACGCCGUAGCCAUAAAAUUUCAAAUUUUCGUGUGCGACACAUGAAUAUGGUGCUUGAGGACCUGCACUUAGCCGUGUCGGUCCUGUUGUCGUAGCUAAGGACUUUAAUUUUGUUGCUUUCAUUACUCUUCGGCACUUUUCUUCGACUUCCUUUCUUUUUUAAGCACCUUGCCUUUACUUUAAGGGUUUAGAAUAUUAUAAAAUUGCGUUUCUAUCUUAUAAGGAUUCUCCUAUCAGAUUGGAAAAGUAGACGUUUCGAAGACAAGGCAGGAAUGGAGUCGCAACAGCAGCAAAUGUGAAGCGCCGACUCACUGUACAUUGUCACGUUGCACAGAUGUGACUUUUCAUCGGGAAUUCGUUGGAUUACGGACUGUAAGUAUUUAUGACUGCAUACCAAGAUGUGCUUCCGCACUUUUAAAGUGGACUAAGCUAUGAGCUUAAACUUUACGUCAUCGUUAAAUUCAUGAACAAUGCUUCCCCGGGGAAUUUCAAAUGAGUCAAGGAACUAAUGUGUAUUCCAACCCUUCAUCAACUAAGAGUUAAGAAUCGAAAAAAAUAAUGAUAAUAAUUCGCCAUCUUUUGGUUAAUGUUACCAGACAGUUUCGUGUUGGAGUUAAUCUCAGAAUAUCGAUUUCUCAGUUGAAAUGACUUCAAGUUAGACCAUAGAAGCACUCGGUGUUUUCUUGAAAAUAAUAUUGUAAAGGAGACAAAAAAAAACGUUACAACGGUCGAUCAAAACGACUAAAACAAGGAGAACAGCUGAAAGGGAACAAGUUAGUACUUCGAUGGACUGACAGUGGCAUAUCAACGGCACUGGAGCGCUUUAUCUGUUUUUACUUAUACAAAUUUCUAACCGAUGCAUUUCAGGUCCACGUUUUUGUGUCACUGAAUCAUGAAGAAAACUCAUCGAUGGCUCACACGCCCUCGGCUCUAUGGGCAGAAUCCAUCAAUACAGUUGGAUUUAAACUAUGUUCGCGCACGGCGGGUAAUAAAAACGACACAGGAAUUAUCAACUGGUUAGCUUUCGAAGACCAGCCAAGCACAGGCAUAACGCAAGGAAGCGUUGCUCUUGGUGGAAUAUGGACCACAGAAACCAAAUGUGAAAAAGUGGCCUUUUUUCAGGUUAGAUCAUGA